UGCCCGGGACAGUCCAAGGUCCGGCCGGGCAGGGCUGUGGAUGCAAGCACCAGAAGCCUGCAGUGACAUGGAUGGCCUGGUUUUCCUCCUCAGUGUGCUGCAGCUCCUUGCUGCUGCCAUGGCUGCGUACAAGCAGUGGAUUCCCAACACCAAUUUCGAAACCGCGUCCAACUGGGAUAAAGAGCGGGUCCCGUGUGCCAGCGACGUGAUUCAUUUUGAGAAGAACAAGGUGCUCUCGGUCUUCGUCAGGUCUCCCCACGCAGUGACAGACAUGUUCCUCCCCCUGAACGGAGAGCUCCUCCUGGCACCUGGCGCCGGAUUCGCGGCUUUCGACGGCAGCUGGGACGCGGGAUGUGGCUCAGGCACGGUGCUGAGGUUUGCUGAUGCCGAGCAGCGCUCCUGGUUCGACCCCGCACUGUGGCAGGAUGUGUCCCCCACUGGGGACCAGGAGCCAGCCGGGCACAUCUUCUCCGUGGAUGAGGAGCGAGUCCCGUGCCAGUACGACGAUGUUAUCUUCCAGCCCGAAACCUCCUUCCGUGUGAACCUCGACUCAUCGCGGCAAGCGAUCCGUCUCCGGAGCAUCUCGCUCAUGGGACAGGAGCUGAGCAGCGCCGAGGCUUGGGCCGAGUACCUGGGGGGCCCCUCGGCCCCGCGGCAGUUCCACGGCAAUGGCACCCUGCAGGUGACAGGCACCCGCUGUCCCCACAGCUCCGGCUGCGCCUGUGGGAACACCCAGGACGGACACCGCAUCUGCGCGUCCCUGCUCGGGGCAGCGGGGUGCCCGGCGCUGCCCUGCCAGAGCCCCCUGCGGCCCCUCGGCCACUGCUGCGGGGUCUGCGGAGCUGUUGUCACCCUGGAUUUCACACCCGAUUUUGACCUGCAGAAGUACCAGGACAGAGUGGUGCGAGCCUGGCUCAGCCUGCCCAAGUACGAAGGCAUUCGGAUGGCCAUCUCCAAGGUGCACAGAGCUCAGACCUUCCUGGGACUCCUCCCGCGGGGCUCCACGCCUGUCAUCCAAAUCGUGCUGGUCGACGGCGGGGCUGGAGAGCAGGCUGGCACCGCGGCACAGCAGCUGGCCGCAGACCUCGUGGGUGACAUAGCACAGCACGGUGAAGCACUUGGCAUUUCAAGCAGCAGAAUGGAGGUGGCCACCGGCAGCACCCUCAGUGGGCAAGCAGGAAGCCGCGCAGCGAGGAGGAUCGCAGCGGGGACGGUCCUGGGGCUGCUCUCCGGUCUCCUGGUGCUGGGAGGGGUCCUCUUUCUCUACCAAAAGGGAAAGCUGAGGCCGUGUCCCCUGCGCCUCCCCCGCCUCCGGGACCGAGCGGAGGACCCGGCCUCCCCCGAGCCAGCAAGUGACAAAGGCUUCGACAACCCCAUGUUCGACGUGGAACCGCUGGAUGCCAGCUCCAUGGAGGAGGCGCCGCAGGAGCUGGCUCCCAAAGCCCCGCCGAUGUUCUACCUCAACCCCCUGUACGACCCAAGAGAGACCGAGGCCUGACGGCAAGGCCCGGUGCCCAGGCAGCCAGGAGGGCAGCCGCAGCCUCCUGGGGGACACCGCCACCUCUCCGCCCCUCACACAGCUCCUGGUGGGACCUAAACCACAAGCAGCGGUGCCCACCUGAAUAAAAACAUCCGUGUGGUGAAGGAAAUGGCAGCAAACCUUCACCAUGAGUGCUCGGCCACG